GACCGGCACUGUGUUUCCGGUGUUCAACGAGUUGGUGGGGGUCUUGUUCAUGGCACGUUUUCUUCUGCUCUUCCCAAAGUCUGGUUGAGUUCCGUUCGCCCGCGCCUAGCCCGGGCGUCUUGGAGAAAACCAAGCGGUGGGCGAUGGCGCCGUCGCGUCUGGGGAUCCUCUCUUGACGUCGCCGCCGCCCGGGAGAUGUGGAUUCUUGCGGGUCGGAGCUGGUGGCGCGGACGCGCGCUCGCGGCACGGGUCACCGGGGCUGCGUGUCGGGUGCUGCCCAGGCCUCGCCCAUCGCGGUGCCGCGGGGCUGCUGCCGACUCUAGGAAUCUGGACAGGCUUUACAGCUCUGCAGAGAGCAAGGAAAAAGUUGACAUGUCUAGAUUCCCUGUUGAAAAUAUUAGAAAUUUUGGUAUCAUUGCACAUGUGGAUCAUGGCAAAAGUACUUUAGCUGACAGGCUCCUGGAAUUAACAGGGACAAUUGAUAAAACAAAGAAUAAUAAGCAAGUUCUUGAUAAAUUGCAAGUGGAACGAGAAAGAGGAAUCACUGUUAAAGCACAGACAGCGUCUCUCUUCUAUAAUUGUGAAGGAAAGCAGUACCUUUUAAAUCUCAUUGAUACACCGGGCCACGUUGAUUUUAGUUAUGAAGUAUCCAGGUCACUGUCUGCUUGUCAGGGUGUUCUACUUGUGGUUGAUGCAAAUGAGGGUAUUCAAGCCCAAACUGUAGCAAAUUUCUUUCUUGCCUUCGAAGCACAGUUGUCGGUAAUUCCAGUUAUAAACAAGAUAGAUCUGAAGAAUGCUGAUCCUGCAAGGGUUGAAAAACAAAUUGAAAAGAUGUUUGAUAUUCCAAGUGAUGAAUGUAUUAAGAUUUCUGCUAAACUUGGAACAAAUGUUGAAACUGUUCUUCAGGCAAUCAUUGAAAGAAUACCCCCUCCUAAAGUACAUCGCAAAAAUCCCCUGAGAGCUUUGGUAUUUGACUCCACCUUUGACCAGUAUAGAGGUGUGAUAGCCAAUGUAGCGUUAUUUGAUGGAAUGGUUUCCAAAGGAGAUAAAAUUGUAUCUGCACAUACUCAAAAGACAUAUGAAGUUAAUGAAGUAGGAGUUCUGAAUCCUAAUGAGCAGCCAACUCCUAAACUAUAUGCAGGACAGGUGGGCUAUCUGAUUGCUGGGAUGAAAGAUGUCACUGAAGCACAAAUAGGAGAUACAUUAUAUUUACAUAAACAACCAGUGGAGCCCUUGCCUGGGUUUAAAUCAGCGAAACCAAUGGUAUUUGCAGGAAUGUACCCUGUAGAUCAAUCUGAAUAUAAUAACCUGAAGAGUGCUAUUGAAAAACUGACUUUAAAUGAUUCCAGUGUGACAGUUCAUCGGGAUAGUAGCCUUGCCCUAGGUGCCGGCUGGAGAUUGGGAUUUCUGGGACUUUUGCAUAUGGAAGUUUUUAACCAGCGACUAGAACAAGAAUAUAAUGCUUCUGUUAUUUUGACAACCCCUACUGUUCCAUAUAAAGCUGUUCUUUCAUCAGCAAAAUUGAUAAAGGAAUACAGAGAAAAGGAAAUUACAAUCAUCAAUCCUGCACAAUUCCCUGAUAAAUCAAAAGUAACAGAGUAUUUGGAGCCAGUUGUUUUGGGCACAAUUAUCACACCAGAUGAAUAUACUGGAAAAAUAAUGAUGCUUUGCCAGGCUCGAAGAGCAAUUCAGAAGAAUAUGGUGUUCAUUGAUCAGAACAGAGUUAUGCUUAAAUAUCUCUUCCCUUUGAAUGAAAUUGUGGUGGAUUUUUAUGAUUCUUUGAAAUCCCUGUCUUCCGGAUAUGCUAGUUUUGAUUACGAAGAUGCAGGCUACCAGACUGCAGAACUUGUAAAAAUGGAUAUUCUACUGAAUGGAAAUACUGUAGAGGAGCUAGUAACUGUUGUACACAAAGACAAAGCAUACUCUAUUGGCAAAGCCAUAUGUGAACGUUUGAAGGAUUCUCUUCCUAGGCAGCUGUUUGAGAUAGCAAUUCAAGCUUCUAUUGGAAGUAAAAUCAUUGCAAGAGAAACUGUGAAAGCCUAUAGGAAAAAUGUUUUGGCAAAAUGUUAUGGUGGUGAUAUUACCCGAAAAAUGAAACUUUUGAAGAGACAAGCAGAAGGAAAGAAAAAAAUGAGGAAAAUUGGCAAUGUUGAAGUUCCAAAAGAUGCUUUUAUAAAAGUUCUGAAGACACAAUCUGAUAAAUAAUUGGUGGGAAAAUACAAGGAACUUUUAUAAAUUAAAAAUUGUGUACCCUUUAGUCUUUUUUAGAAAGUUAUGUUGACAACAGAAUGGAAAUUAUAAAAUGUGCUUUUUGCUUUCAGGGUUUUCAGAUUUAAACAACCUAUUGGCUUUCUUUGAAAGGUAGUGUGUGAAUAAGAGCUUGAAUUCUGAAGCCAUAUUGCCUGGUUUCAAAUUUCCUUUCCACUACUUAAUAGCAAGGUAAAUUACCCUCUCUUUGUCUAUUUACUUUUUAGUAAAAUCAGUAUUAUACUACUACCUCCAUAGAUUGUUGUGAAUAAAUGAGAUAAUAUGUUUUAAAAACUCAGAAGAGUAUAUAACACAUAGUAAGUUCUUACUAAAUCUUAACUUUUUGUUUACAAGCAUAUUUUUUUGACACUAGAAGGCCUCUACAUUUAAGAUGCUAUGUAGUUCAAGCCCAAGAUAAAAUAUUUUCAAAAUCCCCUUAAGUAUCAGUUUGUUGUUAGAUGGAUAAAUGUAGAUGACAUAUACAGUUAUUAAGAAGUCAAAGGACGUACUGUCUAGACAUGUGCUCUAGUUUUUGAUAAAAUUUUUGUAAAUGUUAGUUUGAAACUAGAUGGUUUACAUAUGCAUUUAAGUUACGGGUAGGGGCUGUCUUAUUUCUGAUAAUUAAAAUGCAUUUGUGCAAAGUGAGAGGUGUUUGGUAUUAGUAGCAGCUAUUAUUAAUGACAGUUUAAUAAUUACUGUAUAGUUUUCAUAAUUGAGGAGACUGAGCUUUAGAGUAGUUAAGUGACUUACUUGAGGUCACAGAGCCAGUAAAUGGCUGUCUUACCUCAAAGCAUGUACUCUUAACUCCCAUGUCAACGAAUAAACUAGAGGGCACAUUGUGUUACAGUGAGAUGAAAUACAGUUGAACUUUGAACAACACGGAGGUAGGGGCACUGACCACCCGCUUCAAUUUAAGUUGGCCCUUUGUAUAUGCGUAUUCCCAGCUGCCUGUGACCCUUGAACAAUGCCAGGUUGAACUGAGAGGGUCACUUGAACUACACAGGCUAAUUGAAAAAUAUCCACUUAUAAGUGGACCAGCCCAGUUCAAACUCGUGUUCAAGGGUCAACUGGAAUUUAGCCUUUGAUUUUUGUUGUCUACCUUGACUGAAUUAAAUGAGAUAAAUGUCUUUUAGGGAUAAGACUAUCAAUGGUGAAUUUUAUACUAAGGUUAUUAUAUCAUGAGGUAAUUUUAAUUAUAAAUUAAGAUAGUGGGGACUUACUUAAAAUUGUAUAUAGGGGUUAAUUAAAUAGCUUGUGAUUUAGUCCUAGGUAAUUCAGCUGAGAUAGCUUCCCUAUCCCUUUUGAUGUAAUAAAAUAGAUGAAACAUGAGCUUCGUGACAAUAGUAUUUUGGAAAAUGGCACUACAUUUGAAACUAGAAAAGCAUUUAAAUACAUUUUCUAAAACAAAAUGUUCUGUUCUACCAUGAUUGCCAAGGAAAAGUUACAAGAUGACACCUGGCACAUAGCAUGCGCCAUGUGUCUACUAUGUAGUAUUUGUGCCUUAUUAGUAUGCUUGCAAUUUGGACACAUUAAUUCUCUUCCUUUUACCUCUGACUCUUUAAGAAAUUGGUUUAUUGAUAUAAUAAUGGUACAAAAAAGUAUUUUUCAAGAUUUUUAGCAUAAGCUUAGAUUUUUUUCGCUUGGUCAUGCUCAGAUGACUUUCAUGAUUUAUUGAGUUUAAUCUGUGACUGAGCUCUGUAGGCAUUCCCUCAUUCAAUCGGUAUACAGCAUCGAGGUACAGGUCUAUUACCAUCCUGUUUUAUAGGGGAAGCUCAGACUGUAUUGCCCAACAUCGUAGCUAUUGACAGAGCCGAGGGUUUUUUCCUCCAAACCCCACUUCUUAGCCAUACUUUGCCUCUUAUGGAAGGAUCUUCAAUAGCCGUCUUAGUUCUUUCUCUCUGAAGCAGCAACUUAGCUCCUGAGUUAGGGAACUAGAGUGGCCAGAAAGGAGUUUGCUGAGGAGCUUGAGUACAUGGACCGAAAACUAGCCUCUUUAACAUCAAGGACAGUAAUGGAAAUAUCUUUUAGACUGUUUCAGCUAGCACAUUUAAAGCACAGUUAAUUACUGCUGAACUGUGUAUCAAAAAAAGAUAUCUUUAACUUUUUCACCAUGAUACUAUAUGACCUAAGGUAACUAGGUUAGUUUGCAGUAACCAAUACAUUUAUUACUAGGUGUGACUGGAAUAUUGUACUGAAUCAUUUGUCAUUUAAAAACCAUUUAUAACACUGAAGGCUAUUACACUUGCAUUUUCUGGAAUUAAAGCAGCAUAUUUUAUUCUAACAGUUUUAUUUAUUUUUAUUGAACUUCUAUUUUCUAUUUAAAUUUUUUAAGGAACUUAACUGUAAAUGCAUUUCAAUCACAAGGCAAUUAUGUACUAUAUAAGUGAUGGUUCUUUAAGAUAAAAAAUGUACAGAGGAAACAGGAUUAUUUUUUACUCCCCAGCAGCAAGACUAAGAAAUUACAGA